AUGGCUGACAGAGGCGGCCCCGGCGGCGGCAGCAGCAGCUCGGGUUCCUGGUGGAAAUCAUUCACUAACAGCAGCAGGAAGAAAGGCAAAGACGGUGGUGGGAGCGGGAGCGGAGGGGUGCAGCCUCCACCCUCUCCAGGGCCGCAGCCGGACCCCAGGGAGUCCUCUCCACCUAGCCCUGACUGCCAACACCCAUGCCUCUCUGGCACCGACGACUCCAAGCUCGAUCGCUUGGGUGAGGAGAAAUCGGGCGGUAGCCGCCGCAACCUGAAGAUUUCCCGCUCCGGCAGGUUCAAAGAGAAGAGGAAGGUGAGGGCCACCCUGCUCCCAGACGGGACCAAGCCCCAGGAGGACUCGGACUUCCCUAGCGCUCCUCAUGAUGAGAGGCAGUAA